AAACUCUUCACCCACCCACCGAGGACCGCCCCUCGCCUCCGUACUCGCCCUUCCCUCCACUCCUCCCGUAUACUCCAACCCGGUGGCCACCUGCCAAUAGCGUCGACGAUGGGUCCCAAGAAGAAGUCGGACAGCAAGUCGGGCGACAAGACCGCCGGCGCGAAGGGCAAGGACGACAAGAAGGGCGACGCCAAGGUGAAGGGCGCGCAGGCCGUCGUGGUCCGGCAUAUCCUGUGCGAGAAGCACGCGAAGAAGGAAGAGGCCCUGGCUCAGAUCCGGGAGAAUCCCACCCUGGACAACUUCGUCGCGGUGGCUAGGAUAUACAGCGAGGACAAGGCGAAGCAGGGGGGGCUACUGGGUUUGCAACGGAAGGGAUCGCUGCAGCCUGAGUUCGAGGCGGUAGCCUUCAGCCUGCCAGACAGCAAGGGCAGCAGCCUGCACAUCGGAGAGGCGAAGACAGCGUUCGGAUACCAUCUUAUCGUAGUAGAGGGCCGCAAAUGAGGCGUAUAAGGCAAUAGUAGCGGAAGCGCCUCACCACACACACACAAGCAUGCACACACGCUGAAGCGCAACAGGG